GUGUCGUGCCCUUUGUAUCUGUUUUUUGAUUGAUUUUUCUAAAUAAUUAGAAAAUCUCCGUUGUCCCUUUCAGGAUGCCAUAUGACAAAUCUUACUCCCUUUGCCUCACAAUAUAAAAUCGUUUUUCAAGCUAUAUUUCAAAAGUUUUAUAUACAUUUUAAAUUACAGGGGUGUUCAAUCAAUCAAUAUUUGUAUGUCUAAUUUUAUUGUUCCUUGGCAACCCAUAGCAUUCAACUAGUUUAGCAUAAGACCAAAUCUCACACUGUCAGUUUCGUAAAGCAAUUAUAAAAAGAUAAACUGUCCUAAAUAAAAGCCUGCGCUGAACAUUCAAAAUGAACGGGGUUUGUCUAGAGUACAUCUAGAUAUGCUAUGGUUAUUGUAUUGCAUCUAAGUGACCAAAUCACACAACAAAGAAAAAAAGACAAAAAAAAUGUCUGCACGAACCUUCAUGUAAAAUCAAUGAUAUAUGACUUAAAUUUGCAAUACUUAGGACACAUUUAGAUGUGUGCUUUAGCAAAACUGCAACGAAUAAUCACGACUGCACGGACUCAAAUUAUUGUCCCAGUUUCUUUCCUUUUUGGGUAUGCUCUGCCGGCUCCACAUUCCGGCUGCCACCCAGUUUUCCUCUUCGGUCUUGGGUGGGUCACUGCAGUUCCUCCAUUAUUUCACCAUCGAGCACACACACACGCCGCGGCCAGAAAUAGCAAUGGAGGGAGGGGAGAGCAACGGCAAGAGGGCGAGUGCAGAGGAAGUGAAGUCAGAGCCAGAGGAAGGAGAGGUGCUGAUGAUGCUGCAGGACGGCGGCGAAGGAGGCGGCGCGUUGGUGGCGGCGGAAUCCAUGGCGCCGGCGCAGAUCGACGUGAGGAUGGACCUGACGCUGCUCCACUGCCAGGGCUGCCUCCUCCCCCUCAAGCCCCCCGUCUUCAAGUGCGAGGCCGCCGGGCACGUCGUGUGCUACCACUGCCGCGCCGUCCACGGCACGAUCUGCAGCCGCGCCAGCACGCACUGCGGCGAGCUGGACGCCGUGGUGGGCGCCGCCAAGGUGCCGUGCCCCUACAGGGCGUUCGGCUGCGAGCGGCACGUCGUGUACCACGAGGCCGCGGACCACCAGCGCGCGUGCCACUGCGCGCCCUGCUCCUGCCCGGACCCGGCGUGCGCAUUCGCGGGCUCCCGCGCGGCGCUCCUUGACCACUUCGCGGCCGUCCACCGGCGCCCCGCCGCCACGGUCCGCUACGGCCGGGCCCGGGACCUCGGCCUCUCCGUGUCGGGCUGCUGGCACGCCCUCGUCGGGGAGGAGGACGGCAGCGUGUUCCUCGUGUCCCUGGGCCCGCUCGGCGCGGCCACCGCCGUGUCGCUGGUGUGCGUCCGGCCGGACGGCGAGGCGGCGCCGCAGUUCUGGUGCAAGCUCUCCGUGGAGCGCCUGGGCGGCGACAACAGGGACAGGCUGGUCCUCAUGGCCUCGGCGGUGAGCAGCAGCGCGCUGUCCACCGGCGCGCCGGCGCCGGGGCAGGGGAUGUUCUUGGCCGUGCCCCAGGAGCUGCUCUCCGGCGACACGCUCACGCUCACCGUCCGCAUUGAUCUGAUCCGACCUGCCGCCGCGGCCGCCGCUCCCAAGUCGACAACACCACAGCCUAGGACGGCUAGGAGGAUGCAGUGAAGUAUGCGGCCCACGAUCUUCUGCACUGUGCAUGUUAUGUCUAUGAGACUAUGAGCUGUGGAGGUAGUACUAGUAAUGCAGCUACUGGUUUGUACUUAGUACUUAUUUGAUACGUAUGAGUGAGUGCAACCAAUUGAAGAUAAUUUGGAAAUCCUGAACCAGAGAAUAUUAUGUUCUUUUAUAACCUGCAUUAGAGUAUGUACAGUGAAGUACAUUUUUUGAA